UCGCGCUGAGAUAUCCGCAAGAAGGAGGAGCUGUCAAAGUUCUGAGUUUUCCCAGAGAAGGACUAAAGUCUUUCACUUGACGAGCAUAAAAAACAACAACAAAAACACCCGUAAAGAUUUGUUGUUGUUGUUUUUUGUUGUUGAUUUCGAGCAGGCGGAAUAGCGCGUGUUAGCGUUACGCAAUGACACCUUCUGCCCGGGAUUCCUGAGGAAGAAAAGAGACACGAUGGCAACUCGAGAAUUCGAGAAGUGGUUCAGGCUCACCUCUCUGCUCUGCUGGGGCUGCUGUGUUCUGGCGGAAAAGAAAGUUUGCCAAGGCAUCACCAACCGCUUGAACCUUCUUGGCUCUGAAGAUGACCACUACCUGAACAUGGUGAAGACCUACAGCAACUGCACCGUGGUCCUGGAAAACCUGGAGGUGACCUACAUGGCGGACCACCGAGACCUCUCCUUCCUCUCGUCUAUCGAAGAAGUGGGCGGCUAUGUGCUGAUCGCCCUCAACACGGCAUCCAGGAUUCCGCUGCAAAACCUGCGCAUCAUUCGAGGUCACACGCUCUACGAGGGGAUGUUUGCCCUCGCCGUGCUGACCAACUAUGACAAACCUACCGGUCAGAUGACCAGCGAGCUCCUCCUGACCAGCCUGACGGAAAUUCUUAAAGGAGGUGUAAAGUUUGGGACCAAACAGCCGUGUAAUGUGGAAACGAUAAACUGGAAUGACAUCGUCAACGUCGAAAGCAAACCCAGCAUGGUGCUCCCUUUGGCCAUCAGCCAUCCGCGGUGUGGGAAAUGUGACCCAAGCUGCUUCAAUGGUUCAUGUUGGGCACCCGGUCCUCAAAACUGUCAGAUCUUAACAAAGCUGAACUGUGCACAGCAGUGCUCCAAGCGCUGCAAAGGGCCUUCGCCCAACGACUGCUGCAAUGAACACUGCGCUGCAGGCUGCACGGGGCCGCGGGCCACCGACUGCCUGGCCUGCCGGGACUUCCAGGACAACGGGGUGUGCAAGGACUCCUGCCCGGGCCUCAUGCGCUACGACCCCAACCUGCACCAGCUGGUGCCCAACCCCCAUGGAAAGUACAACUUCGGGGCCACCUGCGUCAAGAGCUGCCCACAUAACUAUGUGGUAACUGAUCAUGGAGCGUGUGUGCGGACAUGCAGUGUUAACACGUUCGAGGUGGACGAGGGAGGAAUCAGAAAGUGCGCCAAGUGUGACGGACUGUGCCCAAAAGUGUGUAAUGGACUUGGGGAAGGGAACCUGACAGGCGUCUUGUCUAUCAAUGCCACCAACAUCGACACCUUUAAAAACUGCACAAAAAUCAGUGGUACCAUUGCUAUCAUCCACACAUCGAUUUACGGAGAUCCGUUUACCAAAACACCAAAGAUGGACCCUGCCCAGCUUGACGUGUUUAAGACAGUCAAGGAAAUUACUGGACACCUGUUGAUUCAAACGUGGCCUGAGAACAUGAACUCCCUCAGUCCUUUUGAGAACCUGGAGAUCGUUCGGGGACGGACUAAACGGGGGAGCCGCAGUGUUAUCUUGGCCAACCUCAAUAUCAGCUACUUGGGCCUUCGCUCCAUGAAAGAAAUCAGCGACGGAGACGUCGUCAUCAUCAGGAACGCCAACCUGUGCUACACAGACAAAAGCCACUGGGCGGGGCUAUUCAAAUCGAAAAGCCAAACUGCGACCCUGGAAGAGAAUGCAGAUGCCGCCACGUGUGCCACGAGGAACCACACCUGCGACAGGAAGUGCGCCACAGACCGCUGCUGGGGCCCCGGGCCGGACAUGUGCUUUGCCUGCCGCGACCUCCGCCGCGGCCGGAGCUGCGUGGACUCCUGCAACGUCCUGGAGGGAGAGCCUCGGGAGACUGUCGUGAAUAAAACCUGCAUGCAGUGUCACCCAGAGUGUCGACGCAUGAACGGGACCGCAACCUGCAAUGCACCGGGCUCUGGCAACUGCACAAAGUGCGCCAACCUCCAAGACGGCCUGUUCUGCGUGGCCCAAUGCCCCCAGGGCGUGCCGGGGGAGGACGACGCGCUGGUGUGGAAAUACGCCGAUCAGAUGAAAGUGUGCAGGCUGUGCCACAAAAACUGCACCCAAGGGUGCAGGGGGGCUGGUCUGGAAGGCUGCCAGACUAAAAGCCCAUCAGGCCUCUCGGUGAUUUCGGCCGGCGUGGUCGGCGGGCUGCUGGCCGUCCUCGUCGCGGGCCUGUCCGUGUUUGUGUUGCUGCGGCGACGCCACAUCAAGAGGAAGAGGACCACGCGCAGGCUUCUGCAGGAGAGGGAGCUGGUUGAACCUCUGACCCCGAGCGGCGAGGCACCAAACCAGGCCCUGCUGCGGAUUCUCAAGGAACCCGAGUUUAAGAAAAUCAAAGUGCUGGGAUCAGGAGCCUUCGGGACGGUUUACAAGGGCCUGUGGGUUCCAGAGGGAGAGGACGUGAAGAUCCCCGUGGCCAUCAAGGUUUUGAGAGAGGCCACGUCGCCGAAAGCAAACAAGGAGAUCUUGGACGAGGCUUACGUGAUGGCCAGCGUCGAUCACCCCCACGUGUGCCGCCUGCUCGGCAUCUGCCUCACCUCCACCGUGCAGCUCAUCACCCAGCUGAUGCCCUACGGCUGCCUGCUGGACUACGUCAAGGAGAACAAGGACAACAUCGGCUCCCAGUACCUGCUCAACUGGUGUGUGCAGAUAGCCAAGGGUAUGAACUACCUGGAGGAGCGCCACUUGGUGCACCGGGACCUGGCAGCGAGAAACGUCCUGGUGAAGACUCCUCAACACGUCAAGAUCACCGACUUCGGUCUGGCCAAACUCCUCAACGCGGAUGAGAAGGAGUACCACGCGGAUGGUGGAAAGGUGCCAAUUAAAUGGAUGGCUCUGGAAUCCAUCCUGAACAGAACAUACACGCACCAGAGUGACGUGUGGAGCUACGGCGUCACCGUUUGGGAGCUGAUGACCUUCGGGACCAAACCGUACGACGGGAUUCCGGCCAGUGAAAUAGCCGCGGUCCUGGAGAAAGGGGAGAGAUUGCCUCAACCACCAAUCUGUACCAUCGAUGUCUACAUGAUCAUGGUGAAAUGUUGGAUGAUUGACGCAGAUAGCCGACCUCGUUUCCGGGAACUGAUAGCGGAGUGUACAAAAAUGGCUCGGGAUCCCUCCCGAUAUCUGGUCAUUCAGGGCGACGACCGCAUGCACCUGCCGAGCCCUACAGACACCAAGCUGUUCCGCAGCCUGAUCAGCGGGGACGGCAUGGAGGACGCCGUGGACGCCGACGAGUACCUGGUGCCGCAGCGCGGCUUCUUCAGCAGCCGCAGCACCUCCCAAACCCCCCUGCUCCACUCCACGAGCCUGAGCAGUAGCAUCGGAACCUGCCACAGCAGAAACGGCUUAUUGAACGCAUUCCCCAGCAGAGACGGAAGCAUCGUCCUCCGAUACAUCCCCGACCCCACGGACAAACUCCUGGACGAGGCCUUCCUGCCGUCUCCGGAGUACAUGAACCAGAACGGAGUCUCCGAUGUGGCGAACCCCGGCUACCGGCGCCCGGGCCCGCCCCGCGCCGCCCUCCCCACCAUCUCCUCGGACGACGCGGAGGCCGAGUACCUCAACUGCUUCAGAAGCGGGCCGGGCGCGCCCGAGUACCUCAACGAGGCGGCGCAGCCGCAGCCCGCCCCCCCCCUCCUCCUCCCGCUCGCCUCCAACGGCGCGGCCCACGGCGUCCGGCGGUACGCGGCGCAGAACAGCAUAGACAACCCGGACUACCGGCAGGAUUUCACCCCUCCGGCUAAGACCCACGCCAACGGACACAUCCCGGCGGCUGAGAACGCAGGGUACCUGGGCCCGGACUGAGGGCCGCGGGGGAACCCGGGGCGGUACACGCGAAAAAGACCUGUUUUUUCCGGGGGCCCCUUUUGACAAGGGGCGCCGAUGUGUGCGCUGCGAUGGACGCAGUGCGGGUCGCACGUGGCUUUCCUUUACCCGCCCCCCCCCCCCC